AUGAAUCUAAGAACAUAUAUUGUAUAUUUGAAGAAAAUGGCUGUGACGAUUGCCACUAGUUUAAGCAGUACUGUUAAACUGAAUGAUGGAGUGGACAUGCCCUUAUUUGGAUUGGGGACAUUUCUGAGUGAAUCUGGUGCCAAUAAAGAAGCUGAAAAUGCAGUAGUUUCAGCUUUACAACUGGGUUAUAGAUAUAUUGAUACUGCAGUUUUUUAUGGAAAUGAAGAAGAUGUUGGUCGAGGUAUCAAGAGAUCAGGAUUUAAAAGAGAAGAUAUAUUUAUUACAACUAAAAUAUGGCACGAUUGCCAUGGUUACGAAGAAAGUAAAAAAUCGUUCCAAGCAUCUUUUAAAAGGUUAGAUUGUGGUUAUGUUGAUCAACUAUUGAUACAUUCACCAAAUGAAGGGCGUAAUGUUGAAACAUAUAAAGCUAUGUUAGAAUUGAAACAACAAGGUUUAGUAAGAUCAGUAGGUGUGUCCAACUUUGGAAUUCAUCAUAUACAGGGAUUACUUGAUGCUGGCAUGCCAACCCCAUCCGUCAAUCAAAUAGAGUUUCAUCCCUGGCAGAGGAGACCAAAACUCGUGGAUUUCUGUCGUGAGAAAAAUAUAGUUGUCGUUGGUUAUUGUCCAGUUGUCAGACAACAAAAAUUUGAUGACCCAGACGUUGUGCGACUGUCAAAACAGUUAAAUAAAUCACCAGCUCAGAUUUUGAUUCGCUAUAGUGUACAGAUGGGUAUUAUCACCAUACCAAAAUCAGGCAAUCCGAAAAGAAUUAAAGAAAAUGCAGAAGUAUUUGAUUGGGAAAUUCCACAAGAGGGCAUGGACAGUUUGAACUCAAAGGAAGAAUCUGGUAUAACAUGGGACCCAUGUUCUUCAAGUAACCCAUGGUUAGGAUAAACAGUGAUAAACAUCACAUAAAUCUGGAUUCUCAUUUAUCUUUUCCCGAUAAUUUACUAUAGAUGAAAUCAAGUCUCUUUUGGAUCGGUUAGUGUAUUGAGAACACCAGAGUAACACCUCUAUGACUCAACACCAACUUUAACCAAAAUUUAAAAUAAUUGAAUGUAUAAUGAUUGAAUUGUGAUAAAAACAAUAUGAUUCAUUAUUGAAGUAUGAUGAAUAAUAAUAAUAAUAAUAGUUUAUUCGUACUCAUGGUACACAUAGGUUAUACAUAUAUAAUAAUUAAUCAAUAUACAAAUAAUUAUAUCACUUUGAUUAUGAAGUACACAGAAAGUUGAUAAUUUGAUUCAGGUUUAGUGCUUCAUUUGGAUUAGAGUCCCUGAAAGAGAUAUAUUCUCUAAUUGUAAGCCCUGUUCUUACAUCAUCAUCACUAUAAUAAUUACGAUCUAGGUCUUUUAUUCUAUUUAAAACAGAAGAAAUUCCUACAUUUAGGACAUCAUGUUUAUUAAAGUUAUACUUUUUACAAAUAAAAUUAAUAUUAUUGCACAUAGAAGACUGGCUUCCAUUUAAAGCGAUCUGACUGCACAUACUUAAACAUUCAUUGUUGCUUGACAUUGUACUUUUUACAAAUAAAAUUAAUAUUAUUGCACAUAGAAGACUGGCUUCCAUUUAAAGCGAUCUGACUGCACAUA